UCUGAGUGUGUGGACGUUGCCCUCUCAGUCCACUUCGUAGGGGAAGUGGCUGGAUUACACGCUAAUCCCAUUAUGAUGCUGCUGCUAUGUGAGGGCCGGUUGGAGAGAUUAGAAACCAAAGGCUCGAGCUUCAGGACCGGAUCAGCAGCAAACUGGGUGACUGUAACUACUGACACUGAUACAGACGCUAAUGGCACAAGUAAACAGUUUAGGUGACACUGCCACUGACCGACAAGGGAAGGCAUGUCUCUUUAUCGUUCAUCUGGAGAUACACUGACAUGGCUCGUUUAUUCUGUUGCUGAUUUUAAUUAAAAAUACAAAAAAAAAACCUCACAAGCAAUUUUGGGGAUUUCUGCAGACUGAACAGAGACUCCAGAACAUGAAAGGAUAACUGUUUUUGGGGUCUGCUGAAUGUUUUGUUUUUGGACCAAGCUGCUGCUCAUGGUGUACCAUCUGUUUUGGAGAAAUGACCGAUGAGGGAAUGAUUAACCUUGCUGGCAAUGAGGAUGUAUGUGUGUGUGUCACUGUCAGAGGUGUCAGUGUCAGUGUGCGUGUACAUGACAGGAGGUUAAGGUCUGUAUGAGCAGAGCAUCUGACCCAGACAGAGACGAGAGACAGUGACAGAGAGACAAUAUGCAGGAACACAGACUGUAACAGUGUCUAAUGUCCUGAAUUAUUGCUGGUUUUAAGUGGAUAGUCUUUUGCAACAGGCAGUAUAUUGAACUCAAAGGAUUGUAUUUCUUUUUAAAAAGCAUUUGUUCUAAAAGUGUUUUUUUGGCUCGCUUGAGCUCAUGCAGCCAGCAGAGUAAGUGCCAUUAACAAGUACAGCUGCAGCACAACAGCUGCGACUAUGUCAUGGUCUGAGGCAGCAGUCAGAGUCUGAUACAGCAAGCAAAAAAGCAAUUUUUUUUCCACUGGAGAAGCAGGAGCAGGUUCAACAGAAAUACCAGUGGUGGUGAAUACAAUCAGUACAGGCUGCAGGCUCCACUGUGUCUUCAUCCUCUACCUCCUCAUCCUCUACUCCAGCUGCAACUUCAGCCCCGGCAGCAAACGAACAUAAUCAAAUCCUCAACUAGUCCAGCGUCUGGCUCUUCCAUAAUCUGCGGCAAUCUCAGGAGCUGAUCCCGCUGGGUCAGUUUUUUCCUCUCUUCUCAGUUUUUACGUUUGGGUCUCCUCCAUCACAGUUGUUGCCAUGGCGUCAGCAGCUCUGGAGCUGAUGGGCUUCUUCCUGGGCCUGCUGGGGAUGCUGGGUACCCUGGUCGCCACAGUGCUACCAUACUGGCAGAUUUCUGCCCACAUUGGCUCCAACAUUGUCACGGCCGUGGCCAACAUGAGGGGCCUGUGGAUGGAAUGCGUCUACCAGAGCACAGGGGCCUUCCAGUGCGAGACCUACAACUCCAUGCUGGCCCUGCCCUCUGACCUGCAGGCGUCUCGUGCCCUCCUGGUCAUCUCCCUUGUGCUGUCUAUCCUCGCCAUUGCCAUGGCGGUCCUGGGGAUGCAGUGCACUCUGUGCUUGGAGGGCUCAGGUACAAAGAGUCGGGUGGCAGGCGCCGGUGGGGGCUUGUUCCUUGCCGCGGGCUUCCUGGCACUCGUACCGGUGGCAUGGACCACACAUGAGGUGGUCCAGACCUUCUACCGACCCAACGUACCCUCCAGCAUGAAGUAUGAGCUGGGGGACUGUUUGUACAUUGGUUUGGCCUCUGCGCUCCUCUCCAUGCUGGGAGGGGGGAUGCUGUGUGUAUCAUGCUGCGAGGAGCAGGAUGGCGGUCGUGGGAGACGGCACGGUGGAGGGUAUCCAUACCCAGUAGGAGGCGGCGUGCCGGGCACAGGGGUACGCACAACCUCACAGACCUACCGCAAUCCCCCCCUGCAGGUGGGGGGCAUCAACACAGCCAGCAGGGGGCAGACGCUGGUCCGCAGUACCAGUGGCAGCUCCCAGUUGAGUACACAUGGAGUCCAGGGAGCCAAGAAGCCCACUGUGGCAGGAUAUGACAUCACAGGAUACGUCUGAGGUUACUGUCACUCCAUCACACCUUUAAAUGUGGUCCUUGACAACUUACACUCGAUAAUAUGUAUUUAUAUAGUGUAUUUAAUCGAACGUUGUCACUAUAUGCUUGACGGAGCAACAAGACAACUUAAAUACACGACAUACAAACGAGAGAUGAGUCAACAGUAUCAUAAGCAUUGGGCUUGUCACAGUGUGUUGAUGGCCUUUCUGCAAUCUGUGGUGGGUUCUUUUUUAAGAUUUUUGAAAAGUUGUUAAAUAAAGUGGAAUUGUGGCAUUUCAGUGGACAGUUUGUGAGAAAGUGUGCGAGGACAAAACGACAACCAACACUGUCGUUUCUGUAAAUGUUUCAUCUUUUCCUAAGACUGUACACAUUUAUAAGUGUAGGAUGUGACACUUUUCUAUUACCAUGAUAGCAACUCAUCUGUGCAAACUACACACACUCACUCACACACACACACACACAGAUGUGUUGAAAAGGAUUGUGUUGUCUACCGUUUUCAUAAUACAUGGCUGGCUCUGUCUGUGAUAACCAGGAGGUUUGUGUACGUACACGACUGCAAAUGUUUCAGUCUGGAAAUGUAUGUUGGUAACAUUUGUGAAAAAUCAAACACAUUUGAGGGGGUUCACUGCCUCACUGCCUCACUGCCUCACAGUAAACACAGCUGAGAAUCCUCUCUCUGAUAUUAUUCGCAUUUUAAAAUGCUUUUUAAGAAAACGUCCAUGCCUAAAGAUUUUGUGCCACGUGGUACAAGUAGAAAUUGUUUUGAUUGGAAACAUACAGUUCCACAAUUUUACAUAUCAGAAAUACAUUUUCAAAGAUCCAGGUUACAUUAAAGAAAUUUGCUAUCAUCAUAACCUCAGCUGUGUUCUUUCUACACAUAAAGCCAACUAAUGCAUUGAUUGUUUUUACUGCAUGAUCCCUCCAGACAUGGACUGUUUUAAGAAAAGAAAUAUGUAAAAUAGAAAGGUUCAUGGAAAUAUGUCACAGAUUGAUUUGGUCUCUUGGAUUCUUGGACUGUUUGAACAUUUUGACUUUCUGUUGAUUUUUUGUUAACACUUCAUUAUUUGGACAGUCCAAUGUUGAUUAACUAUUUGUUGCAUUUGUGAAUAUUCACUCUCAUUGCCAACAUAAAACCUGAACCCAGCCCUGACAUUUCCAAUCUGAACCCUACAGAAUACCUCUCACAGUACUGUAUCACCUGAAACUCAGUCAUUUUAUUGACACAUUACAGUCUAUUCAUUGAAAGCUAGCUGAUACGCCACUGGACUGCCCACAUGAAGUGUAACCUAAUCAAAAUGUAAUUGUCUUCCUGAUAACAAUUCAGAAACCAAAGUUGUCAAUGAUGUUUUCAUACUAAUUAACAUUGUGCCUGAUUAUCAUUAUCAUAAUGUGAAAAUGUCAUGUGCAUUUGGAUUGACAUUCAGUUUGGUAUUUGCAGGCCGCCAUCUGAAAAAUGUUUGCUGAGUGUUGGCAGGAUUUUACUCAGCUCAGAUAACUUGCCGUAUCUUGGACGUAUAUUUAUACAUAAUUGUCAGUAGUGUGAAGACCAGUCUGAGGAUCUACGCACCUGCAAAAAUGGCCAUAUGGACUCUGGUGCAAAAUGUGUGUCAUUAUAUUGAAUACAUUGCCAAAAAUGAAAAUCAUUCUUGCCAUGUGACAUUGACGACUCUCACUUGAUCUCCAGGCGUCACUUCUUUAUCAGAGGGACACACAAGGUGAAGCCAGGUAUGCUCUUUUUGUUUCAUUCUCCCUCAGUUGAUUGUUCAUGACGGCUGAUGUUUUGCACCGUAAUUGAUUAUCAGGGAUGUAUUUACAGAACAUAAAACAACCUUUUGUCAACUGAUUCAAACAAAGCAUCAGAACUGACUCUACUGUAUCUUUUAUUUGGAAAUAAACAAACUUUUCUUAUUGCCA